GCAUAGUUUCGGCACCGCACCCAGGCGUUUUACCUUCCUCUUCUCUUCAGUCUAAAUAGUUAAAAGCUUCAAGAAAGCCGAGAAAAGUCAUAGUUUCAUCUAUUCAUUACCUCAAAGCAAGAAAUGUCACUUCACAGCUGGGUACCUUGACGGGUCUAUGAUGUCCAAGCAUCAUAACAUACUGUAGACUACUUGUUUCCUGUAGCAUAAUGCUAAUAUACUGUAUAGCUAAACAGGUGCUAGUUAGGACUGGACGGGGGAUGUUCAAAAUGUGUUUACAACUAAUUUUAAACAUUAAAAAUAUAAAGGGGUUCCGCAGAUAUACAGUCAAACACACUGUAUUUUAGUUUGAAGUGAGUUGUACAAUUCGAGGGACUUAGCUGCGUUGUUUGGUUUCUGCUUCAGGAAGGAAAUUUCAUAUUGUACUGUAUGUAGGUAGGUGUGCUCGGGCGGUGCCGGUAGCCUCACUAGACACACACACACAUACACACUUGUUGCGCCCGACACUGAGUCAUCCGAAGCUCUGCGGAUAUGAUGUCGCCCUGCGGACCUUAAACAGGAUAAAACACAACUCACACUGAAGCGAACAUUAAUUAGGCCCACGCUCAUGGGUGAUGAAUGGAAAUCUCGUCGAACAGUUUAAGUCAUUUAGCUGUGUGCUGAUUAAGUGUUGAUUACUUUAUAGCGCCGGGGAAACAGACAGCAUGCUGGUGAUUCGCCUCACUUCGGAUUCAGAUGGGAAUGGGACAGUAAUAAGACUGCUUUGUCCAUUGUCCACCUCUGGCUGUGUGAUUGACUCAGAGAAAGCCAGCAACUGGACUUUGAGCAGCGAAUACAACUCCACUGCUGCUGUGCCAGCUCUUUCUUCAGACAAAUGGAGCAAAUGUGAAUUUUGGAUCGGCCUGACUUUAGCCGUGCUCUCAGCUUUUCUCAUAGGCGGAAGUGUGAUCCUGAAAAAGAAGGCACUGCUGCGUUUGGCUGCAAAUGGGGAAACCAGGGCAGGUGAAGGAGGACAUGGCUACCUGAAGGACUGGCUGUGGUGGGGUGGACUUUUGACUAUGGGAGGAGGUGAAGCAGCAAACUUUGCAGCCUACAUGUUUGCUCCAGCAACUGUGGUCACUCCUCUUGGAGCACUGAGUGUUCUUUUCAGCGCCGUAUUGUCCUCUCACCUGUUUGGGGAAACAAUGAACCUGCUUGGGAAGCUCGGCUGUAUGCUAAGCCUUUUGGGAAGCACUAUAAUGGUCAUCCACGCACCAGAAGAGGAAGCUGUGACGACUCUGAGUGAGAUGACCGAUAAGCUGUUGGACCCAGGUUUCCUUGUGUUUGCCAGCAUCCUUCUCAUAGCCUGUUUGGUUAUGAUCUUCUACUUUUCUCCUCGCAUUGGUCAGACCAAUAUAUUAAUCUACAUAAGCAUUUGCUCGCUGCUUGGAGCCUUCACCGUGUCUUCAGUGAAGGGCCUGGGCAUCUUCCUCCGUACAGUCUUCGUUGAGCCCACUGUCUUCCGGCAUCCUCUUACCUGGAUACUCCUGCUGACUUUGGUGGCUUCCAUCAUCAUCCAGAUCAACUACCUGAACAAGUCUCUGGACACCUUUAACACGCUGCUUGUGUACCCUAUCUACUACGUGUUCUUCACCACCGUGGUGCUCACCACCUCCAUCAUCCUGUUCAAAGAGUGGGGCUCCAUGUCAGCUGUGGAUGUCGUGGGCACCAUCGGCGGCUUCCUGGUCAUUGUGCUUGGUGUGAGCAUGCUUCAUCUCUUUAAGGAUCUGCGUGUGACUUUGGAUGAGCUGAGGAGUAAUCUGUGCCAGCCUCAGGCCCUGGACAGCCCAGGAAAGAGGGAGGACAAGCACAUCCUCAUUGAGAAUGUGGACAGCCUGCCACCAAUGAGAGAGGAAGGCCCCAGAGUCUUCAUCAUCAGCUGAGCAGAGCAUCAUAUAAAAUUUACUUUUAUUAAAGCAUAAAGGAUUAGUUAGGCGAGAAAAAACAAUCAAGGUUCCAUCAUCAGCCAAGGCAUGUUUGGUGUCUGCUAAGUAGUUUUGUGCUAGAGUUAGGAGGCUAAUGUAGCUAACAGGUAGUGGAAGUCAUCAUCAACUGUCAUUGAUUUUCAGUAACUGCUUUAUCCUGGUCAGAGUCAUGGUGGAUCCAGAACCUAGGAAUACUGGGCCUAAAACAGAAAUACACUCUAGGUAGUACUCCAGUCCAUUUCAGGGCACCAUAGGCACACACAUAUGCACAGACUCCUUCACACCUACGGGCAAUUUAGAGUAGCCAAUCCACUUACCAGCAUGUUUUUUUGGAGGUGGGAGGAAACCAGAGAACCUGGACGCAAAGACAACAUGCUUCCAGAUUUAAACAAUUCCCCUUUCAACUUUUGGGAACAAACUGCUAACAAAUAGCAACCCAUGCAAACAAGCUAAUCUGGUUCUCCAAUAUGGCCUCCCCUAUAAUGUAGUCAGGUUUUGGUCAUGUUUAUAGAUUACAUGAGGUCACACUGUGUCCUAAAUCACAUCAUCUUGUCUUGGCAUUAUUUAAUAAGGGCAUGCGGUUUAAGGACAGUAUCUACUGAAUUAGUUUUUUUUUAUCGCCAUUACUUGUGAAGACCUUUAGUCACUUGGCUCCAGUACAAAACUACAGAAGCAAAUGUCUGACACUUAACAUAUUUUGGCUGAUCAUGGCUACAUUUUAUUUAUAUAUAUGUGUGUGUGUGUGUGUGUGUGUGUGUGUGUGUGUGUGUGUGUGUGUGUUUACUAAACCCUUCUUAUACUUUCAUAACAUUGCAGUAAUAUCAGAGGUGUGUUCUCCGAUAGAGAUGAUUUGUGAUGCAGCUCCUGCUGAGGAUCAGCCUUGAUGAGGCAGAACACAUGGAUUCCUAGUAUAGAUUAUACUGUACUUAAUUUUGGAUGCAAUAUUUUUUCAGGAAAUUUAAGACGUCUUUAAACAUCUUUAAUGGUGUCACAUUUACAGUAAUGUUGCAGUUAUGGAAGUCUUUUAAUGCUGGUGUUUAUACAACUUUUUCUAUUUAUAGAUUAGAUGGUUUAGAUAGACCUUUACAAAACUUUGUGCAAGGCAUUGGCAACAGCGUGCACUUCUGGCGCCGUGUCCACAAAGCACAUUUGUCAAAGCAAUUUGAUGCAAAUCUCUCCAUUUAGUUGCUGCUGCACUUCACUUGCAUGUAAGGAAAUCUUCCAGCAAGCAAAGUAUGUUCAGGUCAAAACCAUUUCAGAGGCUUUUUUGAAACUUAAGGUAUCAAGGUAGUAUAUUAUGAAGUAGUAUUUGGGUUUCUUUUCUUAAAAAUGCUAAAUGUCUUAUGGCAAUGCUGUAUUGAUGGGGUUUGCCUUUGAAACUUUUUUGUGUAAAAGAGGCUCAGUGCAAUGCAUUUUAAAAUGUGAAGUCUAUUUCAGAAACUGUGAAAACUAUAAAGUAGCUGAAGACACGAUGCAUCAGCUGUUGAAUGAGGCUGAGGCUGAUGACUGUCAGUGAUCCAUGCAAAUAUUAAACAAUAUGCAAACAAUGA